AUGACAUCCCGCAAAACACAACAAGAGAUCGACAAGACCUUCAAGAAGGUCGCAGAAGGCAUCCAGACAUUCGAAGGGAUCUAUGAGAAGAUCCGGUCAACAUCGAAUGCCACCCAGCGGGAUAAGCUGGAAGAAAACCUCAAACGAGAGAUCAAGAAGCUCCAACGAUUUCGCGACCAGAUCAAAUCAUGGGCUUCGGGCAAUGAAGUCAAAGACAAGACACCGCUGCUCGAGCAGCGCAGAGCAAUCGAAACUUGUAUGGAGCAGUUCAAAGCCGUGGAGAAGGAGAUGAAGACCAAGGCAUACUCCAAGGAAGGCCUCUCGGCGGCAUCACGACUCGAUCCCAAAGAGAAGGAGAAGCUGGAGGCAAGCGAUUUUCUAUCGACGUGCGUGGACGAGCUGCAGCAGAAGAUCGAGGCGAUGGAGGCCGAAGAGGAGACCCUCCACGUGCAAGUGAAGAAAGGCAAGAAGGACGUCGCCCGGACCAACCGCUUAUCUGACCUCUCGCGGAUAUUGGAACGACAUAAAUGGCACGUCAACAAGCUCGAAUUGCUGCUACGGUCCCUUCAAAACGGCAACGUUGAAACGAGCCAGGUGGUUGAUCUCAAGGAGAGCAUCAAGUACUACGUUGAUGACGGGCACAAUGUCGACUACUGUGGGGAGGAUGAGACGCUCUAUGACGAUCUGAACCUGGGUGAAGAGGCCGAGGUGCAGUUCGGUAUGGUUGGUGACAAUGAUCGCGUUUCGUCGCAGGACACACAAUCGAUCCAGGACGAUGAGGUGGAGCCGAAGCCGAAGCCAAAGAGUGAGAUCAGCGGACUUCGCAGGCCAUCCGCCCAGAUGAAGUCGCCUCUACCUGUGCUCGCAACGCUGCAUCCUCCCCCGUCCACCAGCACGACCUCUGGCAUGAAACCGGCACCACCUCCGACUCGUCUGCCCGGCGAAACUCUCAAGUAUGCCUCGGCCGCGGCCGCUGCGGCUGCAAGCGACAAGAGUGGUGUCGGUAUCGCUCCUCUCCCCCCACCACCAGGCGCAAGCCCUGCCUACACCGCCGCCAUCCCUGUUUCCAGAGCAUCAUCCACAGCAUCACCGAUUGUGGCCUCGGUACAACCCGUAUCGAAGCCUGCGACAACCGUUACUGAAGAGCCUGGCGGGCACGGCCGGUCGAGGACACCGGCCCUCAGUCCCAAUGUCGCAGCAUCAUCCGUACCCAGCACCUCGUCAACUUCGCCCCCUGCUCCUGUGGUGGAGACGGUGAGCGCCUCAAGGACGAAGGAGCCAUCCGCACCCACCAACGGUGAAGCGGCCAACGAGGAGCAACUGGACGAGUCGAUAUACCACCUGCCGCCGGGGCUGCAGGAUCUGAUCCAGUCGUUUGAAAUUACGAAGAGCCGAGCAUCGAGCAAUCCGGCCAAUCCUCCACCGUCGGUGCAGCGGCUGCUUGCAGCAUCGCUGACCAUGUGUCCAGAGCCCGCCGAUGCAGAGAAGCCGCGUCACUACCGUCCCUCGAAUCCCUACAACACCCCUCUCUACUACCCGCAAGAACCACUCUCGAUCUUCGACGAUCCCCGGUUAUACGACACGGGACGAAUCGAUACAGAUACGCUGUUCUACUUGUUCUACUAUCGACAGGGUAGCUAUCAGCAAUACCUGGCGGCCAAGGCCCUCAAGAACCAGAGCUGGCGCUUCCACAAGCAGUACCAGACAUGGUUCCAGCGUCACGAGGAACCGAAGAACAUCACGGAAGAGUACGAACAGGGAACGUAUCGAUUUUUCGACUACGAGAGUACCUGGAUGAACCGACGCAAGGCAGAUUUCAAAUUUGUCUACAAGUAUCUGGAAGAUGAGUUAUAA